CCUACAUACCUUAGUAUUGAUGCAUCUGUACCAUCUGUACACUGGAUGAUUUAAAAAGUACAUAGAUACCUCUUACCUUACCUACCUACCUACAUACAUACAUACCUACCUCAUUACCUACAUUGUACAUGUAGGCUACAUGUAGCUAGACUAGUAGAUGUUGCAUUUCCAUGCAUUUGCAUCUCUUGACUUUUUUGCCUUAUUGUGAUGCAUACAGCACUGCACGCAGGCAUCUAUCCAAUCUACCCAACCUAUCCAUCCGGUCAACAUCUCAGCCCUUGGGAACCUCUCCUACUCACCUAGCUUUAUUUAGGGUACCCUAGCAGCACAGCACCACGUAUGUACGUACAUAUUAUGGUACAUGAGGUAGGUAGCUGGCUAGUCCAACGUUCGUCAAAAAAGUCACCCUUCUCUUUUUUUCUUCUCAUUCCAUACAGUAGUAGGUUAUGUACCUACCUACCUACCUUUUUGCCUUGGCUACCUUUUUUUUUUUUCCUUACCGCGCCUUUCAUACCCCAGCAAAUCCACCAAUCUCCAAGAUCCCGAAGUUUAGAUUCCCAAUCUGCCUCAUCUUAUUAGUUAGAGCAUCCGUGUCAUCAAUAAGUUUUCUCAAGCUCCCUUCUAAAUUCUCCUUAGUAGGCCCUCGUCCUACCUACACGAGAGCACAAUUCGGUAUCGAUAGUCUCGAUAUCAUAGGUCGAUCAUCGUAUGCUCUUGGCAACCCUACCUUGCAAUAUCUACAUACGUAUGUACCAGAAGCGUACCAGAAACUACAUACCUAUCUGCCAGGACUAUCGUGGGACAUAAUUCGGUAAGCUUCCCACGGACCCUUGUCUUCCAGCCUGCCGUGGUACCACCGGCGAAACGCUCAUAUGGAAUCUUCGCCCUCCAGCAUAGUUCCUGUCUGAAACAUU